AUGGCUCGUUCGCUCCCGGAAUGCGUCGACACGGUGAUCAUAGGCAAUGGCCCCUCCGCCCUCAUUCUCUCCUACAUCCUACACGGUCAUGUUCCCUACUACAUCGGCGGACAUCAUGACACUAUCCUCGAUGCGAAACUCAAGAAAAACCCAAAUCUACUGCACCUCACCCCAGACCUCUACGCGCAUUUCCUGUCUUCGCUGCGGUACUCGACUCAAGCGCUUCCGAUCAAUACGCUCCUCGACACCCUUGUUCGACCGAAUGCAGAUACGGAGCUGAAUCCCAAGUCAUGCAUCGAAUGGCGCUACGAGCCUGAAAGAGCCAUCUCGCACGUCGCUAUUGGAGACGCGGCGCAUGUGGGCGGACAGUGGGCGGAGAAUCCGGUGUCUGCGAGCGCAGAUAUCGGGACAUUGAGCUACGCGGAGCAACUGAGUCUUCCGGGGUACCCGUAUGCGGAUCAUCUGGCGAAGAGCAAGGAGCAGGAUGAGACAGAUUUCGUGCGGCCUUCGAGGAAGGAGUUUGCGGCCUAUUUGCGCGCCUAUCCAGGCGCAGUCGGGAUUGCGGAUACUAUUUAUACCGGGCUGAGGGUUGAGCAGGUAUAUCGAGUUGCGGAUGGUUUUGUGGUUGGGAGUUUGGGGAUACGGUGUAAGCACCUAGUGCUUGCUUCAGGCAUCUUCACCGUCAAUAUUCCCCCGCCACCAUUACUCACCCCCAUUGCGCAACUCGACUCGAGACAGGAACCAUUGCUCGUCGUUGGAUCUGGAUUCUCAGCCGCGGAUGUCAUCAUUUCUGCGCCUCCCACCCGCAGGAUCUUACACAUCUUCCAAUGGGCUCCGGAGCAGAGACCGUCUCCGCUACGAGGCUGUCAUCACACAGCGUAUCCAGAGUAUGCCACUGUGUAUCGGCAAAUGAAGCUCUCGGCGAUUGCAUCUACCAAGACCCGGGCGGUUAAAUCGCCAAUGUUGCGGCGGAAGUCUAACCCCUUCUUUCAAAAGCGUGACUGGGACCUUUACGAAGGUCUACCAAAUGCUGAGAUCAUCAACGUCUCUGCCCCUGCAAAUACUGAUUUAGCGACAGUCACCAUCCGACUCAUAUCCGGUGAGGAAAUCACUCGCGAAGUCGGAGGACUAGCAUACGUCGUGGGUAGACGUGGGACGCUAGAUUUCCUCUCUAGCGACCUACAAACUGAGGUCACCAGCACAUCAGAGCCCAUGACAACGACUGCUUCACCCCCAGCCUUAAUCUCAGGUCGCACGUUCCGCACAAAAGCAGAAUCCUCCCUCGAAGUAGCCAAAAACACCUUCAUAAUCGGCAAUCUAACCGGUGACUCCCUAAUCCGCCACGCAGUCGGCGGCUGCGUUUUCGCCGCUGGACGGAUCUUGGGCGAGAUACCUACAACCUACUCCCCUGACAACACGCCCACACCUCUCACAUCAACUCCGCGAUCCGCGUCGCCCGUUUCCGACACUACAUCGAAUUUAGACAGGACCAGUCUGGAUGGUUCAGCCUCGAUUCCGAGUAGGCCAAGGACUGGGAGGAGCACUCCUGGUGAGUUGACGAAUGGGCACGCAGAUUUGCACCUGGAUAGACGGAAACUGGCAAGAGCGAUUGAGGUUGCGCAUGCAGAGAAUAGACUGUGGGUUGAUUCGGGCUGGUGGGCUGGUGGACUGGGCCCACGACGGGUUGACGAAUAG